UAUAUGCGCUGGUGCCUAGUGUUUUCAUGGUGUGGCACUGCCAUCAUCAAAAUUAUAAAACCUCAUAUUUACACACUCUCUCUCUAGUCAGGAGUCAGGACCAGUUGUUUUAUAAUUUGAUAAAAACGUGAAUUCAGCCAACAAAGUUUGUGUUUGUGUGUUUUGUUCUCUCUCUCUCUCUCUCUCUUUCCUUCUCUUUUGUAUGGACAUGAAAGGAUAUUCAGUUUCCUCGACAACAAAUCAUAGGAAUAAGCCAUUUUUUGCAGCUUCCAUUCACACAACAAAACAACAACUAACAAGACCCCAAAAGAUUCAUUCUUUCAAAUUGGCUUCUUUUUCUUAUUCUUAUUCUAUACCUAUGCUAUUACCGUCCCUUGUUCUGUUGCUUCUUCUUGUUCCUUCAGUACACUCUAAUUCAACUUACCACAUUGCCACCAACAACUCUUUUACGCCAUUCUUGCGUUUAAAGAGAAUAAGACAGCAUUUGAGCAAGAUCAACAGACCUCCUCUCAAGACAAUUCAGAGUCCAGAUGGAGACUUGAUAGAUUGUGUCUUAUCUCAUCAGCAACCAGCUUUUGACCAUCCUAACCUUAAAGGACAAAAACCAUUGGAGCCACCAGAGAGGCCAAAGGGAUAUGAAGAAAACAAUGAUAAUGUAACUGAGAGCUUCUUCCACCAGCUUUGGACUCAUUCCGGUGAAUCAUGUCCUCAUGGAACCAUUCCAAUCCGAAGAACAACUGAACAGGACAUUCUCCGGUCCAGUUCUAUCCGGCGAUUCGGAAGAAAGCCGAGAGGCGUACGCCGAGACUCAACCGCCUCCGGCCAUGAGCAUGCAGUUGUGUUUGUGAAUGGAGAACAAUACUAUGGAGCAAAAGCAAGCAUAAAUGUGUGGGCCCCAAUAGUAACUGAUCAAUAUGAAUUCAGCUUAUCACAAAUAUGGGUUAUUGGUGGAUCCUUUGAUAAUAAUCUCAAUACCAUUGAAGCUGGAUGGCAGGUCAGUCCUGAGCUAUAUGGAGAUAAUUACCCUAGGUUCUUCACUUAUUGGACAACAGAUGCAUAUCAAACAACAGGAUGCUACAACUUACUAUGUUCAGGAUUUGUCCAAACUAACAACAGAAUAGCAAUAGGGGCUGCAAUCAACCCAAGAUCAGCUUACAAUGGAAGACAAUUUGACAUUGGAAUAAUGGUUUGGAAGGACCCCAAGCAUGGACAUUGGUGGUUGGAAUUUGGGUCAGGGCUACUAGUGGGAUACUGGCCAGCAUUCUUGUUUAGUCACUUGAGAAGCCAUGCAAACAUGGUUCAAUUUGGUGGAGAGAUAGUGAACUCAAGAUCAAGGGGUUACCACACAGGCACACAAAUGGGGAGUGGCCAUUUUGCUGAGGAAGGUUUUAGAAAAGCAGCAUAUUUUAGGAACCUACAAGUUGUUGAUUGGGACAACAACUUGCUCCCUCUUUCUAAUAUUCACAAACUUGCUGAUCAUUCCAAUUGCUAUGACAUUAGGGAAGGGACAAAUCAUGUUUGGGGAACUUACUUUUAUUAUGGAGGUCCUGGAAGGAAUGUUAGAUGCCCUUGAAAUAAACAAGCUCUUUAAGUAUAGGUUUCUCUAUUAUAAUUAUAAAUAUAUAUUCUUUUUCUUUUUGUUCCAUUUUGCCCUUUUGGGGGGUUUUUGGUUUCAUUAUAAGCUGAUAAGUGAUCACAUAUGGUUUGGCUAUAUUUGUUAUUAUUGCCAUAGUUUUUUUUUUCUUUUUAACUAAUAGGUUAGAGAAUUUAUUUUUGUUUUUUUGUGGGUAUGAUGUAAAUCUAUGAAAAAAGGUAUGUGAUUGUUUGUCAAUUUAUAACAGUAAAUUUGAGGAGUGUUAUGUUUGUUUCUCUAUUGAAA